CGAGCCUGGAAACGGACGGUGCUAGACAGGUAAGAACAAACAGUGUGCUAGGAAAUGUGCGUGAAGUGUGCAUGAGGAAUUGAACAUUUAAGGCGUGUCCCGACGAAAGAUUGCGACAUUCAUUACCUGGAAUGCCUUUUUAUUGUUUUAGAAAAGUGUGUAGCAAUCGCAAUUGAAUGUUAGCUUGACGUCCUGCCAAGCUCGGCUGAUAAGCGUCAACCACCGAACCGAAGAGGAUUCAUGAGAAGCGGGGGAUGUGAGUGCACUUGAACGUCUGUUCGGAACCUCGUUUUCGGGUUCCCUCAUCUGUUGCUUGUUGUAGCGGAGUCGACGUGGUUUCGAGGCGUCGCCAGUAGGCUAUCACGGAAGGGUCCCACUACCAUAAGACACCCGCCUGGCAAUAAGCCGAAGUGGAAAUGCUUCUUCUUCCUGCUUGAGACGCUUCCUAAAGGAUACUCCCCUUCCCUCCCCCAAAAGAAAUGGAGCGCGCCGGUAGCUAACAAGCCCCCCCCCCCCAUUUUGGGGAGAGCCACGGAGGACGGCGGCGACACAAGCGAGGCUUCGCUGAAAUGAGAUGAGGCUCAGAAAUGGAACUGUGGCCACUGCGAUAAUUUUCUUCACGUCUUUCCUCAGCUUGUCCUGGUACACCGCCUGGCAGGAUGGCAAAGAGAAACUGGUAGCAUACCAGCGGGAAUUCCAUACCUUGAAAGAGCGCCUUCGCGUAGCCGAGCACAGGACCCUGCAGCGCUCGUUGGAGCUCAACAACAUCCUCGAGCAGUUUCGGCACGCCGUUGCCCAAACCAACAGCAGCAAAGAUGCCCUCACCAAUUUUUCAGCGGAUACCAAGAAACUUUUUAAGCAGCUGGCCAACAGGGCACCUCUCCACGUGCCAGACAUCUAUCACCACAUGCCUCACCUGCUCACCAAUGAGGACAGCUUGCACCCCGCCGUACAAGUCAGCCUCGGGCGCACUGGAGUUACCAUGGUGAUGGGGAUCCCCACGGUGAAGCGGAAGGUGAAGUCGUAUCUGGCGGAGACGCUGCAUUCGGUCAUCGACAAAUUGACUCCGGAGGAGAAACUCGACUGUGUGGUGAUUGUCUUUGUUGGGGAGACUGACCUGGAGUACAUUCAGAGUGUGGUUUCAAGCCUGCAGAAGGAGUUCUCAACAGAGCUGAAUUCAGGUUUGCUCGAGGUCAUUUCGCCUCCCGCCACCUUUUACCCAGACCUCAACGACCUUAAAGAGACAUUUGGUGACUCCAAAGACAGAGUAAGAUGGCGGACAAAGCAGAACCUGGACUAUUCCUUUCUCAUGAUGUAUGCAGUGAGCAAAGGAGUUUAUUAUGUUCAGUUGGAGGACGACAUCGUUGCCAAGCCCAACUACUUUGCCACCAUGAAGAACUUUGCCCUCCAGCUUGCGUCCGAAGACUGGAUGAUCCUGGAGUUUUCUCAGCUCGGCUUCAUCGGGAAGAUGUUCAAGGCACCGGACCUGAAUCUCAUUGUGGAGUUCAUCUUCAUGUUCUAUAAGGAGAAGCCAAUCGACUGGCUGCUGGACCACAUUCUCUGGGUCAAAGUGUGCAAUCCUGAGAAAGAUGCGAAACACUGCGAGCGCCAGAAGUCCAGCCUCCGUGUGCGCUUCCGACCCUCCUUGUUUCAACACGUGGGCCUCCAUUCUUCUCUCGCCGGGAAGAUCCAAAAGCUCACAGACAAAGACUUCCUCAAGCCUCUUCUCCACAAGAUACAUGUCAACCCUCCUGCCGAGGUUUCCACCUCAAUGAAGGUUUAUCAUGGCCACACUCUGGAGAAGACAUACCUCGGGGAGGAUUUCUUCUGGGCCAUCACACCUUCCGCAGGAGACUACAUCCUCUUUAAAUUUGACAGACCCAUCAGCAUAGAGCGGUUCCUGUUUCGCAGCGGUAACCAGGAACACCUCGGGGACAAGAUGCAAAACACCACAGUGGAAAUACUGCCCGUCUCCGAACCUGGACCGCAGACCAAAGAGAAGUACAAACGAACUGAAGACCGCUUCUACAGGAUCGGUCAGUUUGAAAAGGGUGUGGCUGAAGGGGCUGUCGAUCCUUCCUUCAAUCCCAUCGUGGCCUUGCGACUGUCUGUGCUCAAAAACUCGGCUGUUUGGGUCAUCAUCAGUGAAAUCCAUAUAAAGAAGACAGCGGGCUGAAUUUUGUGCACGGCGGCCUCCAAUUGCCGAUCCCUGGGAGUGAAAAGCUUGCAGCCUUCUCGUAUCGGGGCCUCAGGCAGCGAUGAAGUCAUGAGACCACUUGGAGCGAGCUCAUCCUUAUUUUUCUUUUCACCCUUUUCUCCCCCUGUCUGUCACUCUCUUACUUGAUAGUGAGAAUGUGAAUUCUGCUGCCAAUGGGCAAAACAGGCACGCUUGUGUGACGGAACCACACAAGCAUUUUGGAACACAAUCGGAGGAACGAGGACUAAAUCAUGACGUCAGUCACCUGGCCACUUGUGUCCAUGGAUGCUGCCAAAUCACUCCCGUUCAACUCAAUGCUGCCACUCUUGGGCGUGCUGGGGCAUUGCACUCUGACUAGCGCCACCGGCUGGUGCCCAUGAUUGUGCCAGGAAUGUAUCCCCUAACCUACCAAUGAGGAAAUACCGUUUUAAGUCCAACACACAAAAUACUCCAAUAUCUUUCAAUCCUGCCUGUGCUCGGUUACGGUUGGCGAUAAUUCUUGAAAGGAAAGAAAGUGAUCACCGCCUGUCUGACCUGACGGGAGGGGGUCCUUGUAUAUAACCCACUCGAGAGAUUGCCUUGAUGCCGUUUUUUUCCCCAGAAGGAACAUACUGAUAAAGAAUUAGAUAUAAGGAUCUAUGAAGGUGACUUAAUUUAUUUAAAAAGAGAUCUUUUAAUUUCUACAAGAAGUAAAUAUAUUUUUGAAUCUAUUACGGGAUGUUUACGCUUGUGUGACUUUAGUUUGCUGUGCAUUUUCACGAUUUGCCAUUUCAUUUCACUUGAAGCCGAUUGACAUUAUUCCUAAUUUUCAUACAGCUCAAAGAUAGGAAAGAUGAUAACAGACUCAGUUGUGUGUGGAAAAUUGUGCCUUAUAUCGUGUUCCCCAAGUGUGUAUCAGCUAUUUCAAUCACAUUUGCCAACAUCUCACUGGCUGGAUAUAGUAUUAUCAUUGUUGUUAUUGAUGUGAAAAUAGCAGACAGUGUUUGAUGUGACUCCACCAGUGUGGUAUCACAUUACAUUUUAAACUGCUUGCUUUGCACUGUUUGUUGGUUGCGUCAGCAAUGGGACCACAAUCUUUUCAUUGUACGAGGACCAUUAGGGCCAUAGUGAAGAAGUGGAGGGGGCGUGUCAAAUUAUGAGAAGUCGUACAAAUAUAUUGUAAUUUUAUUACAAGACAAAAAGUCACUGUUAGUAGUUUAAAAGCAAAACAGUACAAGAGGAGAAAAAAAUAAUGUCUUGGGAUCGACCACAUACGAGUAACCUUUUUGAAUGUGAAGUAAAAACUCUUCCAUUCAUGUAAAUUGAUUUUUUUUUUCUUGGACUACUUGCAAGAAAAAAUAAGCAUUUUUAGUUUAAUUUAAAUUUGUGGCUUAAUUUUACUUCCCCCAUUUUUUUUUUUUUUUAUUAAACUAUCCUGGAGAGAGUAUAUUUCUUUUUAGAAUAAAUACAAGAUUAGUCUUGUAACAACCCAGCCCCCACUGCAGUUUUCUUGCUAAAUUACAAUUACAACUAAAGUUUUUGUUGAAUUUAAAUCAUCUUUAUGUGGCACUAAUGCUCCUUUGUACCCUCGUACACAUUUCUCUCUCGUUUUGUUUUGGAACGGAAUGUCACGACUACUGAUCUAAAGAGUGCACCUUUUUGUCGUAGAGUUUUAGCGGAGGAUGUCGCCUUCAUUGUCAAUGUAUAAAAAGCAAUGAGCAUCUCUUUUUCUGUCACUUGUCCAACUCACGUAACUAGUUUAUUGAAAUCAGCAUCACUUUUUGUUGUCAAUUUAAAUGACAGUGGUCAAGGAGGUAACGAAGUGCCUUUUGAUAAAAGUGGACAGAGCUGUAAGUGUGCUGUACACACACACACUUGACAAGUGUUAUUGUUUGUCUACAGCAAGCUUCUGGAUGACACUUUCUCGUGUUUCAAUUGAUUCGAAUUGAUCCUAAUCGGGAUGUUUACUUUGGAAAAGUGUGAGAAUAAGAUACCACAAAGCUUCUCUUAACAUAUACUGGAUUGUCUUUAUGCCUAAAGUUGAAUGAAACUGGUUGCACGUCAGAAAAAAACCCCGUGAAUGUGUUAAUGGAGAGUAAAGAGCGAAAAAACGAUUUCAGGCUAGAAACCUCCUUCCCUCAUAUCGGUUUGUGUGCCUUCAUCGUGUUAUAUGUUGCCUUUUUUGACAUCUUUUUUUCAUGGACAUGUUAGAAAUAAAUGAGGAAACAAA